GUUAUAGGGUUGACAAUAAACCCCAGAAGCAGGACUUCCUCCUGGAGCCUCUGUCCGUAUUUAUAAGGAAGUGACUCCCCUUUCAAGCACCAGAGUGUUUGUUGCUGUCUGGAGCGUGGAAUCCAAAAGUAUGAUGCUCUUAGUGGUUUUAACGUGCUUAUUGGCAGGCUGCCUGGCUCAAAGACCUCACCCAUGCUCAAGUCCUCCUCUUCUGAGCGGAUCCCUCUCUGUGUCCACACAGAAUGAAAAGCUUUGGAUGUACGCCGGAUACAUGUACGAUGCACUGGGAGAGCGGAUCCGCCUCACGGAGAUGGGCACUUAUGAAAAUAAGUCAUUCACCUUUGACGCUCUUCUGCUCUUCAGAGAGGGUACCGUAUAUGAGAUAAACAAACAUGACCGCACAUGCAAGAAAAACCCUUUGAAGGCAGACUUCCACCCGAUGGCAAUCCCAAAAGACGCGUCUCUGCUGGGUCAGAUUGUUCUGGGCAGCUCAUCUGGACCUGGAGAAGGACUCCUGGUCAACACGUGGAUAGGAGAGCUGCCCGAAAAAGCAGGAAAAUUCAUAAGCACAGUCACUGAAUUCGGUUGUAUUCCUAUCAGCACUGUGUACCACACUAGCCAGUUUGGAUGGGUUCUGACAAGCUUCUUCAACAACAUCCUUGGGAUCGAAAACCCCGAUCAGCUCAACCCUCCAGAUUUCUGUCUGGAUGCAGAGAUGAAGGCUGAUGAAGAGGAGCCGACAGACUUCCUCAGUUUGUUCUUAAACAAGCUUUGAGGGCCUCCUUUAACUAAUGUUUUAAAAUAAAAAUAAGAAGUGGAGCUAUUGAAUCAAUCACUCUUUAUCACUUGUUAUGUGAUUAUGUGGUAAACAUCACAUUUACUUUUUUUUCUUAACAUAUUUCUGUCUGUUUUCAUAUUGACAAUGUAUUAAAAAGCUAACAAACAUGCUGAUGCGUGACCACAUGUAAUUUUUUAUUAAGAACCACUCAAUAAUAAAAAACAAAUUCAUAUA